GAAGGUUCGUUGUAGGUCCUGGCAGAUAAAUACUGUAAAACGCUCACUGAUGUUUGCCGUGCGAGAAUGACGAAUCAGGAAUUGACGAAUCGAUCAUAUCGAUUCCCCGUUUUUUUUUUAACCAAUUCUAAAACAGAACCAGUUCUCGAUAUCCAACCCUAUUUAUAUCUGGCAUGCAUUAGGCAGAUGCCUUUAUCCAAAGUGACUUACAGUACAAUGCAUUCAAGCUAUGCAUUUCUGUCAUACCUGGAAUUGAACCCACAACCUUUUUGUUUCUAAUGUAAUGCCAUACUAAGUGAGCUAGAGAAACAUGUUACUAUGAACUAGUCUUCCUCAUUAUGCAUCUACUGUAUUAAAAAGGCAGCUGAUUUUAGAUAACAUGUAGAUGUGUGCCAGUCUUCAUGAGUUAUUUCAAUACUUAUGUAUGGGCUUACAUAAAUUUAAUUAAUACACCGAAAAUGGGCUUGUGAUGUGUUUGAAAUCAAUUUUGUGGUAUCUAGCCUUUCUCCUCAAAAAGCCCAUCCUCGUGAGUCUCUAUGACAACCACCACAUCUCUCAGGCAGCGCAGAUGCGUGGACAAGGUCUAGGAGCAUGCGGUGUGCUUCAGUACAAUGAUUUUUAUUAGCCCCUCUCACACGUUUACCCUUAUUGUAUGUAAGUUAUAAAAACGAUGUAUUGCAUCCAGCAGAGAGUAGCCCAUUUUGUCAGGUCCGUGGAAAAGACAGAUACUUGAUAGCUGUAAUGAAAAUGAACCAGCUGGUCAGACUCAUCAUUAUACUGAAGAGAAUAAGAUAAGUCAAAGUAUCCCGUGAGCUCUUUUGUGUGGACUCUGUAACACCGUCUAGCCCAAUUUCCUUUGAAAGACAAUUCAGGCGAUUCAAAUCGGAGAAACUGAUAUUCCUCCGUUAUCAGUGGUUUCACUGCCGCACAAGCUUUUUAGUCUCCUGCUCUGCAAUCAUAUAUAUUAACACUGUUUUUCCCUUUUAGAUGCUUUGUGGCAACUGAUGGCAUGCUCCUGGUGGUCAUGAUCAUUGAGCUCAAUGCUGUGAUGACAUCCAGGUCCUGUACACAGACAGAAUAAACAGUCAGAUGAAUAAGCAGCUCAUAUACAGGCAUGGAUUCAAACCACACAAAUGGAUCUUUAUCUGCGGACGAACCCAUUAAAACCACUUGGGGUCUGAUUUUGCUCACUCUCAUUCUUGCUGUGUUGGCUUUGCUGACCACCGCCAUGAACUGUUUGGUCAUCACAGCGAUCAUCGUCACGCGCAAGCUCCACCAUCCCGCUAACUACCUGAUCUGCUCCUUGGCUGUGACCGACCUUUUGGUGGCUAUAUUAGUUAUGCCCUUCAGCAUUGUCUACAUUGUGAAGGAGUCGUGGGACAUAGGUCAAGUGAUGUGCAACAUCUGGUUAAGUGUGGACGUAACCUGUUGCACAUGUUCCAUAUUGCACCUGGCAGCUAUUGCUGUGGACCGCUACCGCGCCAUCACAGACGCCGUGGAGUACUCUAUGAAGAGGACGUCCUUACGGGCCGCCAUCAUGAUCAUUGUGGUGUGGCUUCUCUCCAUAGUUAUCUCUCUCCCACCAUUGUUCUGGAGACACUAUAAGAACAAAGACGAAAAUGACUGCAUAAUUAAACACGAUCACAUCGUCUUUACGCUUUACUCGACAUUCGGGGCAUUUUACAUUCCUCUGAUACUGAUUCUCAUCCUUUACUAUAAAAUCUAUCGAGCAGCAAAAACCCAUUACCACAAGAGAGGGUCCAGCUGCCUCAACAAGUCAGAGUUGAAUGGACACAUGCUUCCGAGGUGCAGCGACAGAGAGCCGACGACUCCUGACACCUUGAGCCCCCCGGAGAAAUCGGUGUCUGAACCUUCCACCGAAGGUGACAGAGUGCGCAUCGCUGCCAAAAGCCCAGAGUCUCAGUCUAGUCGAGACCGGUCUAUCAAGAGACAUCGCAUCUCGAGCACUCGUGAGAGGAAGGCAGCCACCACCCUUGGUCUAAUUCUAGGGGCGUUUGUUAUCUGCUGGCUGCCGUUCUUUAUCCAUGAGGUGAUUUUUAACAUCUGUACCUCCUGCAUCCGAUCUGUCCAGAUGUCCAACUUUCUUACCUGGCUGGGUUACAUCAACUCCCUCAUUAACCCCCUUAUUUACACCAUCUUUAAUGAGGAUUUUAAAAGGGCUUUUCAAAGGUUAAUCAAAUGCAAGAACUUUGUCUAACACAAAUGAAUUAUUUACAUCAUGUGAGACAGUGCAUCGCCCUCAAGAGAUACUCCUGGCACUCUUUAACACAGUAUCAAUUAUUUGUAUGUACUCACUGAACUUUAAAGGCGGGGUUCAUGAUCUCUGAAAGCCAAUGUUGACAUUUGAAAUCACCUAAACAAACACCCCCCUACCCCAAUAUAAUCUGGACCUUCUUUUGAUAGACCCGCCCCACACAGGUAGGUUAGUAGACAUGCCCCUUACUGCUGAUUGGCUACAAGUGUGUUUUGGUACUCGGCCCAACUCCCUUUUACAAAGUGUUUUUGAAAAGUCAUGCACCCCGCCUUUAAUAUAUAAAGUGCAUCAAAGCCUUACUCUAGAGUUACUAGUGGGAUCUUUAGACCCCGUGUCCACCAAAGUGUUUAAACGUGGCUAAAAACGGCUUCUAAAAACACAGAGCGCUUGCCUUGGUUGCUAUGAUACUUGUGUUUUGUUUAUUUGUUGCUGUACGAAGCACCAGUUGGUUGGUCUAGAAUUUAUCCCGCCCCUCCUCCACUGUGAUUGGAUGGCUGAGGCUAAGUUUACACGGAAACGAUCUGAAGAGAAAACACAAAGUGGCGUUGCAUUAUCACUUUUUAUUCUGCGUUUAUAAGAGAAUUUGGGGGGGAAUCUGCGUGCAUAUGGUGACGCAAAAGUAUGAUAUUCGAUGUAGUGUGCACUCCAGCCGGCUAGGUGGCAAUGUGAAGCACUGACACACAACAACACCAAGUCCGCGUGCCUGCGUACAACCCUCUUCCUUGUGCGCCCAGGUGCGUCCAAAGCCGUCUGGUUUGCCUCCGAUGAAUUGGUGCAUCAACAAAUUGAUAGAGGUAAUUAAUGCACCUUUUCUGAUCAUAUAAUACUAGCUGUGAAUAUUUCGUACAUCUGCUGGAGAGAUUCUUGUAUAUUUAUCAGAGCAGCAAUGGCAACUUGAAGGUCCAACGUGUGGACAUAAUCCGACAAGUUUGUUGUUAUUUUCCUGAACUGGCGCAUGCCUGUGACGUAAACGCGUACGCAACAAGAGCCACCGUGAGCAAACGUUUGCGUUUUUACCAUUUAGACGGGAAUGCGACGGUAGAGCGUUUUUAAGAUUUCCACUCUGGAGGGUGGUUUCACUUUUUUGCGUUUUUAAGCCCCAAAAACACAGUCAUCGUGUAAACGAAAGGCAUAUCCGAUAAAAUAUUUUUACGUUUUCACCCUCGAGCGUUCUCGUGUAAACAGGGCCUGAGUGAAAAGUGACAUUAACGCGCGAAGCGUUUUUACCAAAGUUGAAAUUUUUUUAACUCUUGGUGACCAGUGUUUUUUUUUUUUUUUUAAAUAUGCUGGCCUCGGGAAAUAAACGCUUUGGUGGACAUAGAGCCUUAGAGUAACUAGAUAUUUCCAAUGCUAUCUCAUGGCAAUUUGUACGUAUUUUAUAAGGCGGCUAAUUCGUAUUAAUUUGUACAACAACAUUAGUAUAUUUUU